UCAAAACGUCAAAUUGCCCUUCAAAUAAUAGUGCUGUCAUUGUCCGUCAUUGUCUCGUAUUUGACAACUGUGUAGUAAUUGUAUUGAUUCGAUUUUAAUUAUUUUCUGCAUAUUUUGACUACAAUGUUUCGUUCUGCUGGAAAUUUUGACAAACUUUUAGAUAAGGCUACUAGCAAUUUGCGUCUUGAUCCAGACUGGCCUGCAAUUUUACAAAUAUGUGAUUUAAUCAGGCAGAAUGACUGCACCCCCAAAUAUGCCAUAGCUUCAAUAAAAAAGAAACUAUAUUCAUCUAAUCCGCACCAAGCAAUGUUUGCUAUGUUAGUUCUGGAGAGUGUCGUUAAAAAUUGCGGUUCUAUAAUCCAUGACGAAAUUACUUCUAAAGCAAAUUGUGAAAUGUUCAGAGAAAUAGUAACCACAUCACAGCAUGAAAAUGUCCGCACAAAGAUGUUAGAACUGAUUCAAGCUUGGGCUUUUGCAUUCCGUCAAAAUCCGAAGUACAGAGCAGUACAAGAUACCAUGAAUAUUUUAAAAUCUGAAGGUCGUACUUUUCCUGCGUUGAAGGAAAGUGAUGCUAUGUUUAGUGCUCAUAGUGCACCAGAAUGGGCAGAUGGUGAAGUCUGUAAUCGAUGCAGAGUUGCAUUUUCUCUAGUUCAACGAAAGCAUCAUUGCCGAGCCUGUGGCCAAGUUGUAUGUAAUCAGUGCAGUGGUAAAACUAGUACUUUGCCCAAAUUUGGAAUAGAAAAAGAAGUCAGAGUUUGUGAUGCUUGCUAUGAUCAAGUAAAUAGACCAUUGUCAAGAUCCAAAUCUCCAAGUUUGCAAAAUGAUAAUGAUCUUCCAGUUGAAUAUUUAACUAGUUCCCUAGCUCAACAAAAUCAAACACCAACCAGACGUACCGCUCAGGAAUUACAGGAAGAGGAAGAAUUGCAACUAGCUUUGGCAUUAAGUCAAUCUGAAGCUGAAGUAAAGCGUAACAGUACUAUGCCAAGGCAGCCUAGGGAGUUCUCACCACAUAAAGAUUUGAGUAAAGAAAAUAAUUCAAGUCCUGUAGAGGAGAUACCAGCUGAUCCAGAAUUAGCUAGAUAUUUGAAUAGAGGAUAUUGGGAACAACGACAAGACAUUAGUCAAGAUAUUGCGCCCAGCCCUUCUGCACCAGCUCCGAUUCCUAGUCCAAUGCCUAUUGUGUCAGUAGCUGACUCAGUUUUACAAAAAUCACCAUCAGGACCACAAAAUGUAGCACAGGAUAAGGAACUAGAUGAAUUUACAACAGCACUUAAAUCACAAAUUGAAAUAUUUGUUAAUAGAAUGAAAAGUAAUUCAAGCAGAGGGCGUUCUAUUGCAAAUGAUAGUUCAGUACAAACUCUAUUCUUGAACCUAACUGCAAUGCACUCUAAACUUUUACGGUAUAUUCAACAACAAGAUGAUGCCCAUGUUCACUUUGAAGGAUUACAAGAUAAACUAACUCAAGUCAAGGAUUCUCGAGCUGCUUUGGAUGUCCUUAGGGAGGAACAUAGAGAGAAACUUCGAAAAUUAGCUGAAGAAGCAGAAAGACAAAGACAAAUGCAAAUGGCUCAUAAACUGGAUAUCAUGCGUAAAAAGAAGCAAGAGUAUUUGCAAUAUCAAAGACAGUUGGCAUUACAAAAAAUACAAGAGCAGGAAAGAGAAAUGCAAAUGCGUCAAGAGCAACAGAAACAGCAAUAUAUCAUGGGACCCCAAUUUGGAUUCAAUCAGAAUUCUCCAGCUCAUACACAGUACCCUGUGUCUGGUCAGCAGUACAAUUUUGUUCCACAUUUCCAACCUAUGAUGCAAAUGCCAGGGCCAGGACUGCCUAUAGGAAUUCCCGUGCAGCAUAUGAUGGGUCCACCAACUAGUAUGCAUGGCUCAAUUAAUAUUCAUCCUGCAGUAGGACCUAAUAAUCCUUCGCAAAUGGAGUCCAAUCAUCAACAACAAUGCCAAGCAAUUCCACCUGGUCAACAACAGAUCACACAAAGUCCUAUGAUCAACCAACAAAAUGUGCCAAAUACUGUACCAAAUUCACAGGCUAUGGGUCCCAGAAAUCCCAAUAUACCAAAUCCACAACAGCUGGGUCAUAUGACCAACAAUCAAAAUCCAGUGAUACAAAUGCAUUCUCAAGGCAUUCCUAUGGGGGGUCAGCAGCAUGUUCCUCAAGCCCCUGUCAUGAAUCAAGGCGGAAUAAAUAUGCCACCACCAAUUGUUAAUAUUGCCGGACAAUCUAAUAUGCAAUUUAAUCCACAAGGUGCCGUUCAAAGUUCUGCUCCUCCAGGGAGCCCUCAAACAUCCACUGAUACACAAACAGCUGAAUUGAUUAGCUUUGAUUAAAUUUUUAUAUAGAUUUAAAUAUUGAAAUAAUAUUU